GCGCAACUCACAUAUAAAAACUAAUCUGUUGAUAUGGAGACAUGGAGUAAUAAUAACAAUCGAAUACCAAGCAAGUGCGUAGUUAAAAAGAUUGACGAUUUUUUUUUAAUCAUAAAAGAUUGACGAGAUUCAUUCUCCUAAAAACAUACUUUGACCAUUUCUCAAAAAAAAAAAAAAAAAAAAAAAAAUUUGACCACCUCUCAGCGUUUCAAUUUGUUACCGCCGAAAAUAAGUAAAAGUCGGUAUGUUUUAAAAAGUGAUAAACAAAAAAAAGAAUGAGAAAUAUAUACACAAACGACACAUGUUCAUAAUUUUUGAGUAUUUUGAUAUUAUCAUUAAGGCUUAAAACUCUCAAUCUCCAAAUUUAUCGCAGUAAUUUAUUCUCUCAAUCUCUGGGCACCGCCGGACGUCUCCCCCCUCCCUGCACACACAAAGAGCUCUUCCUCCUCCCCCCCUCUGUAUCAGUGUGGUGGUGCUGCUGCUGAUGGUUAUCGCCAAUCUUCACUGUCAUUGAAACCCUAGUAUCACUAUUUCCUCGCUUGUUUUCGUCCCAGAAAAGAUUUCGGUUUCCGCGGGUUUGGAUAUAUGUCCAACCAUCAACCAAGGGCUGACAUUCGCGACUCUUAUCAGUACAGGAAGACCACCCGUCCCAGUAGCUCAAAUCAGCAUCGCGGCGGUAAAAGCGGCGGCGGAGGGGUGGGCUCUGCCGCUCCUCCUAAUCCCUCCCUCUCAUCCAGCAGAAGCUUUAAUAGGAAGCAUAGUAAUGCACCAGCAGGACAGCUUAGGGCUAGUGGUGUGAAUGUUACUUCGGAGGGCAAUGCUCCAUCUGCAGCUCGAGCAGUGCAGAAUGGUGCUCACCAGAAACAUUCAUUGGGUGGUGCAGCCAUUGCAGGUGCACCUUCAUCAAUUACUACUCCUUCCAAGCCCACUGAUGAAGCACCUCAAAAAAUGGUGCGAUCUGUGCCAACUGCUCCAUCAUCUAGUGUUGACUCUACUGGUUCUGUCUCUAAUGCACCGUCCACUCCAGCUAAAGCCCAUGGAGAUGUAUCAAGGUCCUUCCCUCUUCAAUUUGGUUCAAUAAGUCCUGGUUUUAUGAAUGGGAUGCAGGUACCUGCUCGAACAAGCUCAGCCCCACCAAACUUGGAUGAGCAGAAACGUGACCAGGUUCACCAUGAGUCUUCAAGGGUGCCUGUACCUGCUGCAUUGCCAACUCCGCCAUCAAUCUCUAAGCAGCCACUGCCAAGAAAAAGCACAGCAGUUGACAAAACUAGCAGUGGCGAAGCUCAACCAGCUGUGGCCAGGUCAAAGAGGGAUGCUACAGUUACAGUUCCGUCUCCUUUGACCCAAAGCCAAAAGGCGCCCACUGCUACUGCUCAUCCUAUGCCUGGGAUGCAUGUGCAAAUACCAUUUCACCCGCGACCUCACGCUGUUCAAUUCGGUCCUCCACAAAUUCAAUCUCAGGCCAUGUCAGCAUCAUCUUUCCCGAUUCCAGUCCAAGUGCCUCUACUUGGAAAUCCUCCUUUGCCGCAGCCCAUGUAUGUUCCAACUUUUCCACCUCAUACCAUACAAUCCCAAGGAAUCAUUCAUCAAGGACAAGGAUUGAGUUUUCCAUCUGGAAUGAGCCCGCAGUUGGGAAAUAUGGGAAUGGCUAUACCUCCACAGUUUUCUCAACAGCAAGCCGGAAAAUUUGGUGGAACACGCAUACCUGUAAAGAUCACUCAUCCUGAAACACAUGAAGAAUUGAGACUUGAUGGAUCAUCCGCUACAAGGUCUCAUCAUAAUAAUAUACCACCUCAGUCACAGUCUCUUUCCUCAUUCCCAUCCUCUCAGCAUAGUUCAUAUAGCAGUUAUGUCAGUUACCAACAUCCGAAUCCUCUCCCACCUAAUAGCGCACAGGGUUCUCAGCCCACAAGGGUAUAUAAUCAGGUGACAGUUAAACCUGCAUCUGGUGCAUACGGAGAAAAAGAACAGUUACCCCCAGUAAGUUCACCCACGGGAAAGGAUUCACAGAAACACUCAAAGCUGCAUGGAGCUACUUCUGGUCACCCACAAAGAGAUUCUCAGAUUUCAUCUCAUAGUUCUCUAACUGUUUCGAAACCUGGUGAUGGGUCAGUCUCUACAUCAAUUCCUGCGAUUGUAUUGGUUGAGAGUUCUACAUCAGUGGCACCAAAUGUUACUGCUGAAGAUGCGUCUGAAGUUUGGAAGAAAAAGCCUUCCCAUAGAGGCCAUCAAUCCACGCAGGAUCAGAAUGCCAAAGAAUCUUCAAACCUUUCAGUUAUGUCUUCUCAGUCACCAUCAACGAAAGAAGUUGAUAUGCCUGAUUUGGGGAAUAAUUUCAGUGUAGACACUACUGAGGAAUCGCCACCCCUCUAUGAUUCUACAUUGGAUGCUAUGAAUGCUAAAAGCAAGGGUAGCCCAUCACAGUCUUCUUCCAACCCCUCUAGCACAAUGAGUCUUGAAGGUGAUCCCUUAAUGACCGAAAGUUCGAGUAAAAAUAACAUAGAACUGAAGAUGCAAAAGUCUCUUGAACAAGAUAGCAAUCCCUGUGAAUCUUCUUUGGAAUCAGUCUCUUUGGAGUCCUCAGAAAUUGCCGAUCGAAUCGGGGAAGACUUUCUAUCGAAAGUUACUAACUCGAUAGAUUAUGACACCUCAACACAAACUACUGCUGGAAUGGUUGAUGAUUCUGCGAUUGGUUCACUUGAAGGUCAUAGCAAAGAUCAUAGUUUAUCAUCAUCCGUUUUGAUGUCAAAUGAUGUGAAAUCUGAUGAUACACCAUCACAGAUAGAUGCAUCUGCUCGAGAUGGUCAUGUUGGUAGUAAAGAAAUUGCUGUUACAACAUCUUCAUUUAAAAAUCAGGAGUCUGAAUCUAGGUCUUUUCAGUCUCAUUCAAUGACAGCCUCAAAAGGCGAAGAUGGACAUGCUGAAAAUAAUAAUACCGGUUCAUUUGCCAAAGAAAAAUCUGUGACAGAGCAGAAUGCGCAAAAAAGUACUACUACUAGAGUAAAGAAGAAAAAGAAAGAAUUAUUUAAAAAAGCAGAUGCUGCUGGUGCAAGUUCUGAUCUUUAUAUGGCAUAUAAGGGUCCAGAAGAAAAGAAAGAAAUUGCCACAUAUGUAGAAAGUAUGGAUGGCGCCACUAAUGACCAUUCAAAUCUUGUUAUCUCUCAAGUCACACAAGAUUCACUGGGAAAGAAAGACACCAUGGUUAAAGUAGAACCUGAUGAUUGGGAAGAUGCAGCUGAUGUUUCUAGUCCAAAUAUGGAAAGUGCAGGAACUGGAGAGCAAGUUGUUGAUGGAUUCAGGAAUUAUGGCGAUGAUAGUAAUGCGACUGGAACAAAGAAGUAUUCAAGAGAUUUUCUACUUAAAUUUGCGGAUCAACAUAAUGAUCUCCCAGAGGGGUUUGAGAUAACUUCCGACAUUGCAGAGACAGUGAUGGCUGUUAAUGCCAAAUUUUCACGCGAUUCUUACCCAAGUCCAGGUAGGGUAAUUGAUCGACCAUCCAGUGUGUCUAGACCAGACCGUCGUGGAAAUGGCAUGAUAGAAGAAGAAAAGUGGAACAAAUUACGUGGAUCUGGUGUAUCUGUGAGGGAUAUGCGGCUUGAUUUGGCUUAUGGAGGUAAUCCUAUAGGAUUCCAACCUGGGCAAGGCAGUAAUUAUGGUGUGUUGAGAAACCCGCGUGCACCAUCACCUACUCAUUAUGCUGGGGGCAUCCUUACUGGGCCGAUGCAGUCCAUGGCUGCUCCUGGAGCUGGUGUUCCUAGAAAUAGUGUUGAUUCUGAUAGGUGGCAACGUGGAAGUGUUUUCCAAAAGGGUUUAAUGCCUUCUCCUCAGGCCCCGUCACAAUUAAUGCACAAAGCUGAGAACAAGUAUGAAGUCGGUAAAGUUACAGAUGAGGAACAAGCAAAGCAGAGACAAUUAAAAGCAAUUCUGAACAAGCUUACUCCACAAAACUUUGAAAAAUUAUUCCAACAAGUUAAAGAAGUAAACAUUGAUAAUGUGACUACACUCACUGGUGUUAUUUCACAAAUUUUUGAUAAGGCGCUGAUGGAACCCACUUUUUGUGAGAUGUAUGCCAACUUUUGUCAACACCUUGCAUCAGAGCUACCUGAUUUGAGUGUAGACAAUGAGAAGAUCACUUUUAAGAGGCUGCUUCUGAACAAGUGUCAGGAAGAAUUUGAGAGGGGAGAACGAGAGGAGCAGGAAGCUAAUAAUACCACUGAUGGGGAUGGUGAAACGAAACUUUCAGAUGAAGAGAGAGAAGAGAGAAGGCUAAAAGCCAGGAGGCGGAUGUUAGGAAACAUCAGGCUGAUCGGAGAGUUGUACAAAAAGAGAAUGUUGACAGAGAGGAUAAUGCAUUCAUGCAUCACUAAGUUGUUAGGUGAGUAUCAGAGUCCUGACGAGGAAAAUAUUGAAUCACUGUGUAAGCUAAUGAGCACAAUUGGGGAAAUGAUAGAUCACCCUAAAGCAAAGGAGCAUAUCGAUUUUUAUUUUGAUGCGAUGUCAAACUUGUCAAACAACAUGAAACUCUCAUCCAGGGUGAGGUUCAUGUUGAAGGAUGCAAUUGACUUGAGGAAGAACAAAUGGCAGCAGCGGAGAAAAGUUGAAGGCCCGAAAAAGAUUGAAGAAGUGCACAGGGACGCAGCUCAGGAAAGGCAUGCACAAGCUAGUAGAAUGUCUCGGGCUCCUAGCAUGGGCUCUUCUGUUAGAAGGGGUCCGCCAAUGGACUUCACUUCCGGCAGAGGUGGUUCAAGUAUGUUGCCUUCUCAAAGCUUGGCCCAGAUGGGUGGUGGUUUUCGACCUGUGUCCUCACAGAUGCGUGGUUUUGGUGGUCAGGAUGUUAGAAUGGAGGACAGACAUCAUUCCUUUGAUAACAGGACCUUUUCUGUUCCUCUACCGCAGAGAUCUGUUGGUGAUGAGAUCACGCUUGGACCCCAAGGUGGUCUUGGAAGGGGUAUGUCUUUUAGAGGACAUGGAGGCACACCUAGUGUCCCCACAACUACAGAUGUGCAUAUGAAUCCAGCUGAUUCACGAAGAAUUGCAUCCGGUCCGAAUGGCUAUAGUCCUGUGCUAGAUCGGACAACGACUUAUGGACAAACAGAGGAUAUGGCGCCAAAGUACAUGCCAGAGAGGUUUUCUAGUCAACAUGACCAUCCCGGAACACAAGAGAAGAAUAUGCCUCAUGUGGGGAGUCGGGGUGGCAACUUUGAUACGGUUACUACUCCCACAUCACCUCUAUUGAGAGGUGGGGGGACUAGCUUUGCACAAAGUGUUCCUCCGGAUGGCACAUUGCCAGUGGAAGAGCACCUGAGAGGCAAGUCCUUAAGUGCUAUUAGAGAAUUCUACAGUGCUAGAGAUGAGAAUGAGGUUGCCUUGUGUGUGAAAGAACUGGAUGCUCCGAGCUUUUAUCCCUCAAUGAUUUCUAUUUGGAUUACGGAUUCUUUUGAGAGGAAGGAUAAUGAGAGGGACCUUUUUGGGGAGCUUAUUGUUGAUUUGAUCAAAUCUCAAGAUGUUAUCUUAAGUCAAGACCAGCUUAUUAAGGGGUUUGAGUGUGUUCUCGAGUCAUUGGAGGAUGCAGUAAAUGAUGCUCCAAAAGCAGCAGAGUUUCUUGGCCGACUCUUCGCCAAAGUGAUUUUAGAAAAUGUGAUUUCUUUAAAAGAAAUUGGACGCAUAAUAUAUGUAGGUGGGUAUCAGGAAGGGCGCCUUAGAGAGAUAGGGCUUGCUGCUGAAGUUCUUGGAAGUGCUUUGGAGGUUAUUAAAACGGAGAAAGGUGAAUCCGUACUGAGUGACUUAUGUAGAAGCUCCAGUCUGCACCUACACAGCUUUCGGCCUCCUGCUUCUAACAAGCAAUGGAAACUAGACAAGUUCCUUUAGUUGUGUAUUUGGUAGAGAUUCCUGGCUUAGCUCCCUCCCUCCCUCUCUCUCCCCUAGGUAACAAAGCUCAUCUUCUCAUAGAGAUAUAAUUUUGAAUGCUCGCUUCUACUGGAUUAUGCUUUUAAAAUAUGUUUACUCUUACUAUUUUCAUUAUAAUUAUUUGGCAUAAGAAGGUGGCGAAGUUAAUUUGAGCUUUCUUCUAUUGCUGUGUUUCAUUUUCAUAAGAAUGUCUACUUCCU